AUAUGUGAUCCGACCAAGCUCUCUGUCACCACAUGCUUCACCAUUAAUUACUGACAGAAAAUACUUUGGUCAUAAUACAAGAGUGAGCAACAGCCAUACAUACUCUCUGAACCGAGAUAGCAGAAUUCUCAAACCAAAAAUAUCCCAGGAUUCUACAGUUUCUGCCCCAGCUGAGGUUUGUUUUUAUGUAGGGAUGAAUAGUG